CAGGCGUUUCACGCAUCAGAGGAGCAGAGCCUUCUGUACUUCCUAUGCUCAUACAAUCCUGGCAGCUAAGCUCAUCAUCAACAGCCUCUGUCGACAGGCAGUAAUUCAUAACACCAUGGAGAGCAUGCACACUCUCCUUUUAACUGCUGCUGUUUGCUUUCUCUGUCAAGGCGGUGGCGCCUCCGAGGCUGAGCACCGGCUCUACGCGGCCCUCUUCGAGAGCUACAACCAGUUCGUCCGUCCCGUCAAGAACGUCUCGGACCCCGUCAUCAUCCAGUUCGAGGUGUCUAUGUCCCAGCUGGUGAAGGUGGAUGAAGUCAACCAGAUAAUGGAAACCAACUUGUGGCUGAAGCACAUCUGGAAUGAUUACAAGCUUCGGUGGAAUCCAGCGGACUAUGGAGGUGCUGAAUUCAUCAGAGUACCAUCUGGCCAGAUCUGGAAGCCAGAUAUUGUUUUAUAUAACAAUGCAGUUGGGGACUUCCAGGUUGAUGACAAGACAAAGGCCCUAUUAAAAUACACGGGUGAGGUGACCUGGAUACCUCCGGCUAUAUUUAAAAGCUCAUGUAAAAUAGAUGUAACCUACUUCCCAUUUGACUAUCAGAACUGCACCAUGAAGUUUGGUUCCUGGUCUUACGAUAAAGCCAAAAUUGACUUAGUUUUAAUUGGCUCUACAAUGAACCUGAAAGAUUACUGGGAGAGCGGAGAAUGGGCUAUUAUUAAAGCUCCUGGGUAUAAACAUGACAUCAAAUACAACUGCUGUGAAGAGAUAUAUCCAGACAUCACAUAUUCUCUUUACAUUAGGCGUUUACCUUUAUUUUACACUAUCAAUAUGAUUAUUCCAUGUCUGCUGAUUUCUUUUCUGACUGUAUUAGUUUUCUAUUUGCCUUCAGACUGUGGUGAGAAGGUGACACUCUGCAUAUCGGUCCUUCUAUCUUUAACAGUGUUCCUUCUUGUUAUCACAGAAACCAUACCUUCUACUUCCCUGGUAAUUCCACUUAUUGGGGAAUACCUCCUUUUCACCAUGAUAUUUGUAACUCUAUCUAUCGUCAUUACAGUAUUUGUACUUAAUGUGCACUACAGAACACCCAAGACACACACAAUGCCUGUGUGGGUGAGAACUAUUUUCUUGAACUUACUUCCCAGGAUCAUGUUUAUGACAAGGCCUGCCAGUGAUGAAGAGAAUAAUCAGAAGCCAAAACCAUUUUUCACUUCUGAGUUUUCAAACUUAAAUUGCUUCAACAGUUCUGAAACCAAAUGCUGCAAAGAUGGCUUUGUAUGUCAAGAUAUGGCAUGCAGCUGUUGUCAGUAUCAACGAAUGAAGUUCUCGGAUUUCAGCGGCAAUCUCACAAGAAGUUCAAGCUCUGAGUCUGUAGAUCCUCUGUUUUCACUUUCAGUUCUGUCACCAGAAAUGAGAGAUGCUAUUGAAAGUGUUAAAUACAUUGCAGAAAAUAUGAAAAUGCAGAAUGAAGCAAAAGAGAUUCAGGAUGACUGGAAAUACGUUGCCAUGGUAAUCGAUCGUAUUUUUCUAUGGGUUUUCAUCCUGGUAUGUAUUCUAGGAACAGCAGGAUUGUUUUUACAACCUUUGAUGGCUGGAGAUGAAAUGUAA